GCGUGCGCCGCCGACUCACUUGUGCGUGAAGCUCCACUGCCGCCGCUCGCCACUCGCUCUCGCCCACCACGCAAAGCUCUCGCAAAGCCUCCCUUUAUCGCGCCAGUGCUUUUCCGCCCACGGAGCGGACCGGUCGUGCGCGCUUAUCGGACUCGAGCCGCGCACUGAACACGUAAAAUGUUACAAGAGAUUCAACUCGUUCAAGGCCAAACCAACUACGUAGUCGUCUCAUCCGGGUAUCCCUCAGCGACCGUAACUAAAUCAGCAAUGGAGAAAAGAAUGGUACCAAUCGCUCCAGCUCCGGAAAAAAAUUAUGUCACACACGACACACCGCCGAAUCUUCAGUAUCGGAAGAAAGUGCAUUUUAGGACGAAUCCUUACACAGGGCCGCAGGCGGCUUCUAUCGCGCGACGCAACGCCCGCGAACGAAAUCGUGUGAAACAAGUUAAUGACGGCUUUAACGCGCUGCGACGUCACCUGCCCGCCUCCGUGGUCGCCGCGCUGUCAGGUGGCGCCAGGAGAGGCUCCGGAAAAAAACUUAGUAAAGUAGACACAUUGAGAAUGGUAGUCGAAUACAUACGUUACCUUCAACAACUGCUAGACGAGAGUGACGCUGCUCUAGGAAUAACACGGGAUCAGGAAAAUAGAGAGAACAUACCAAGUAGUAAUAGUCAACCAACGACUACGCUGGACAUGGACGACGGAUUUUUCUAUGGCAAUGAUUCACCGUGUUCUGAAAAAGCCGAUUCCCCUGCGCCCUCAGAGUGUUCUUCUGGAGUGUCCUCGGCCUAUUCAGCUGUGGAUCGAUACGAGGUCUCGACGCAGCAACAGCUGGGGCCUAUGGACGAGGACGAACUGCUGGACGUCAUCUCAUGGUGGCAACAAAAAUAGCAUACAUGUAACCGACGUUCGGAAUCAAGUUUGGACGAAUCCCUCCGAAAUAAUGUGCAUUAAUUAAAUUGUACCGCAUUAUUUGUGAAGACGAAAAGACUCUCGAUAUUUCUAGUCAUACCAUAGUGCCUUAAUCUUAAUAGACAUUUAGUAAAUAAGCGUAGAAGAGGUCAGAGUGAGUGAAACCAACUACUGUUUCGAAGUGUCUCUACCUUGCGGACUAUUGCGAACAAG